AUGCUGAGGGCAGCGGCAGGGACGCCAUACAUCACCAGCUGCCUCGGAAUGUAUCAGGCUGAUCUGGCCUCGUGUCAGGACGUUGUGGGACGCUUCGCCCUGGCAUGCAAGCCGAAGUCCCUGAGCGUGAAGGAGGAGUAUGCCUUCUUAGUCAAAACCGAAGCCAAGUUGUUCUUUCUGUUGAUGGAGCGGUGCGACUGUGCCCUCCAAGAUCUGAGAAGGUUCCCCUUCUCGGAGGCAGAGGCGGCUUUUGUGAGCCACGCCGUUCUGCGGGGCCUGCGGCAUUUGCACGGCCUGGGCAUCGUGCAUGGGGACGUGAAGCCGGGGAACAUCCUGGUGGCGGAGGGCGGGCGUCGCGUGCUGCUGGGUGACUUGGGCUUAGCGCAGCGCCUGCCGGAAGGCUGCAUGUCCACGAAGAGGUCCGGUGGCACGCGGGGUUACCUGGCGCCAGAGUGCUUGACAACUGGCCAGUGCAGCCCGGCCUCUGACCUGUUUGCUUUCGGCGCCGUGUUGUACGAGAUGAUGUUCCGCACCCCAGCCUUCGUGAGGGCGACGCCGGCGGAGACCGAGGCGGCGACGCAUGAGGGCAAGCUGCCCCUUGAGCCUUGCGGCGAGGCGGUGGGCAGGUCUUCGAGCAAUUGCCAGUUGUUGCGUUCCCUGCUCAGCUUGAACCCUUACUGCCGCCCCACGGCAGACGAAGCCUUGGAGAGCGAGUGGCUGGCAAGGGUGGGGGAUGAGUCGCUGGAGUUCUUGUGUGGCCUGUUUGAAGCGGAGGCUCAUCGCCGCGAGGACGACUGCAGUGACGACUUGCCGGUCUGCCGCCAGUGGGCCUCAAGAAUGAGCGAAGUCUUGCCGGAGCCCAGCCCAGCGCAGAAGACAGACACCGGAUCCUCGAGGUCGAAGGCCUUGGCCGCGGCCAAAGGGGUCGCGGCUCGCUUGCGCAACUUGGCUGUCUGGACUUCACGCCGCAAGGCCAAGGUGCUCGACUUUGAUGGCAUCGCCUGA